AUGACUGAGAAGUGUAAUGUCCCAUCAAUUAAUGCAAUUAAUAAAUCAGUUCAAAGAAGAUUACCACACUGUCAAUAUGUUGGAGUUUAUAAAAGAAGAAAGUUUGAAGAGAAAAAGAUAAGUAUUAUAACAAAUAAAUUAAAAGGAAGAGUUUUAACCAUUGGAACAAAAGAAAUUGAAUUAGAGAGGAGUGUAUUAACAUUAGAUUUAAAUGAAGAUCAUAUUGAAGAAGAAGAUGCUUUAUUAUGUUUUCGGAUUAUAUCAAAUAAAAAUUAUAUUUUAAAAUUUGAUAAUUGUGAAGACUAUGUAUAUUGGAUGGAACAAAUAGCUGAACUAGCUACAGUAUGGGGAAUGUAUGGAAUUCCUUUAAAAAGUGCUAUAAAAAAGUCACAAUGGAGAGUUCCACUUCCUAUAUUCAGAGCAAUGCAAUACUUAGAAGAACAUAAAGGAGAUGAAUAUGUUGGUAUUUUUCGGAUGAGUGGUAGUACAACAGAAAUGAAGAAAAUUAGAACACAAGUUGAUGGAGAAAAAGAUAUUGAUCCAAUGGAUUUUUGUGAUUGUGUUUUAGCUGCAUCAGUGAUUAAAGAUUAUUUAAGACUAUUACCAAAUCCACUUAUUCCAUAUAAUUUAUAUGAAGAAUUUAUUGAAUUAAGAAAUAACCAUCUUGGUCAUCAAUUUGUAAUUGACUUACCACUAGAAAAUCAAAAUACAUUAUGGUAUAUUUUCUCAUUUCUUCGUCGUGUUUUAGAACAACAAAAUAUUAAUAAAAUGAAUAUUGUUAGUAUAGCAACAUGUAUUACUCUUAGUAUUUCAAGAAAACCACCAUCAUCAAAAAUAAGUGAUAUGGAACAUUUAGAUUAUGCACAUAAAUCAGUAGAAUAUUUAUUAGAGAAUUUUGAUGAAAUAUUUCAAGAAAUUACAACAUUGAAUGAAAUGGAAGGAAUGGCACCACCAUCAUAUCCAAUAUUUUUUGAUGAAUUAUAUAAUAAAUCUUCUAAAAUAAUUGGUCCAAAGAAAGAAGAAAAAAAGAAUUUUAGGAAAUCAUUCAAAUUACCAUUUAGUAGAAAUUCUCUUGGUAUUAAUUUAGAUUUAUGUCAUAGUACUGAUCUUUUUAAAUGUAAAACAGAUAGACCAACAUAUCAUACUCAACAAGUAUCUCCACGUUCUAAAUUAGGAGAGGUAGUAUCAACAAAUAUUUUAUCUUUACAAAAAUCACCAGUACCAUUAGACUUUGUAAGUGAAAACUCUGAAUUAUCAAGUGUAACUGGAGAAGAAAUAAAAUUAUUAGAUAAAAGAGAAACAAAAUCUAUUGGAGAUCAUGUUUUAAAAAAGAAACCAUUUACUUCUUCUAAUAGUCCUUCAUCAUCUUCUUCUACAAUACAAACUAUACAAACACAAAUAUUGAGUGAAAAAAGACAAGAAAGUUUUAAUGAGAGAGAUGAUCAAGAUGAUAUUAAAUCAUUAAAGAAAAUGAUUGCUAUAAAAGACAAACAAAUUUUAGAACUUCAAAUUCAAAAUAAAAUUCUUCAAGAAAAAAUUUAUCAACUAACAUCAGGUUCAACUAUGAUGAGUGGUGAACGUUCUAAUUAA